AUGGAGUUGAAAGAGAUUCAGAGACUCGAAGGUCACACCGAUAGGGUUUGGAGCUUGGAUUGGAACCCCGCCACCGGUCACGCCGGUAUUCCGCUUGUCUUCGCUUCUUGCAGCGGCGACAAAACCGUACGAAUCUGGGAGCAGAACCUCUCCUCUGGCCUAUGGGCCUGCAAGGCGGUUUUGGAAGAAACGCACAUUCGAACUGUUCGAUCUUGUGCUUGGUCACCGUCGGGGAAGCUGUUGGCCACUGCAAGCUUCGAUGGCACCACUGCCAUUUGGGAAAAUGUUGGAGGCGAUUUUGAGUGUGUUUCUACUUUGGAGGGACAUGAAAAUGAAGUGAAGAGUGUGUGUUGGAAUGCGUCUGGGACGUUGCUUGCAACUUGUGGUAGAGAUAAGUCUGUUUGGAUAUGGGAAGUGCUUCCCGGUAAUGAGUUUGAAUGUGUGUCUGUUCUGCAAGGACAUGCGCAGGAUGUGAAAAUGGUGAAGUGGCAUCCCACGGAGGAUAUCUUAUUUUCGUGUAGCUUUGAUAAUAGUAUUAAGGUUUGGGCGGAUGAAGGUGAUAGUGAGGAUUGGGGGUGCGUUCAAACGCUCAGGGAACCAAAUAAUGGUCAUACUUCCACUGUCUGGGCCCUCUCCUUCAAUGCGAGUGGUGACAAAAUGGUUUCGUGUAGCGAUGAUCUUACAGUGAAGGUAUGGGGGACAGAAAACGUAGGGAUACAAUCUGGUGGUGGAUUUGCACCUUGGAGACAUAUUUGCACUCUUACAGGGUAUCAUGAUCGGACAGUUUUCUCAGUUCAUUGGUCAAGAGAAGGUAUCUUUGCCAGUGGAGCCGCUGAUAAUGCUAUACGCCUUUUUGUGGAUGACAAUGAAAGUCAGGUUGGUGGUCCUCAAUACAAGUUGUUGCUGAAGAAAGAGCAGGCUCAUGACAUGGAUGUAAAUUUUGUGCAGUGGAGCCCCGGGGAGAAGCCGAUGCUAGCAUCUGCAAGCGAUGAUGGGACAAUCAAAGUGUGGGAGUUGAUAUCAUAA